AUGGCCUUGGUCGAGCCACGGCUCUUAGAGACGCUCACACGACCUUCACCUUCAGCCCAUCCACCUCCAGCCCACCCCAACUCCCCAUACCCCGUCCCCAGUACGGUGAAAGCCCUCAACACGCUCGAUCAAGAGAUGGCCUCGAUCCUCCACGACAGGACUCUCUCGGACGAGGAGAAAAUACAGCGAUAUCACCACACCCUUCAACGGUACCGAACGUUUCAAGAUCAAUACCAAAUCGGGCGGCGACCGAGUUCGAUCCCACCUCAGGCCAAAUCCACAGCCAGUCGUUUUUUGAGCGAGGCGGAUAAGGCGAUGUUAGACACCCCGACCCAAACCCUCCAGCCUACCACCCCUACCAUCCCUACCACCCUUAGCCCCUCACACGAGCGCUCAAUACCCCGGGAUCACUACCGGGCUUGGGUGCGGGAAAAAAUGAGCACACCCGCCGAGCUGGGGAAUCCCCCGACCGAGCUGGGGAAUCACCCGAUCGCCAGAACCCCGACCAGCCAACAUAAAAAAAAACCCAGGCCCUCCACUACCACCUCUAGUUCCACACACACACCACACACCACACACACCACACACACCACACCAAAGCGACCCAAGAAGACGCGACGAGGCCAGCGAUCUGAACUCCGGCCCGCUUCAUCUAUCAUACGCCCGCUCAGGUGGAGUCCCUAUUAA